GGAGUGGAUCCCAUUCUGCUGGAGUGUCCAGAGGGUCAUUUUUCAGCCGCAGUCUCAGACAAGCUAGUUGUAGUUUGUCCAGAAGCCCAUUCCACGUACAGUAAGAUGGCCAAAAUUAUUUUUUUAUCUCCGGUUAUUGUUCUUAGCACACUGAGCAUGUUGCCUGCAGCCCCUCAUAUUCCUCAUUACACCUUGUUCCUGUAUUUCCAUUGACUUUUAGCUGAACCCAGCGCAUGGCAGCAUUUCCCCGCAAUAAAAAUCCACACUUGGGUCCUGUCCCUGAUGGACUGGAGCAACCCAGCCAGCCUCUCUUGCUGCCCUCCUGCGGAAUAUAAAUGGGUUAUCGUCGACACCUAGUGGUGCAGAGCUACUCUUACACCGGGAAGUUACAGAGAGGGAGUGCCGCGGAGAGACAGAGAUCGGGGCAGCAGAGAGCUGGUUUCCUUCUGACACUGGAUGCUCCUCAUCAGUUUUCACGCCACACAAGCCCUGUAUUGUGCUCGAGGAAAACACAGGGGAAAGGACGAUGGCACCACCAUUUCUGGGUGACACCUGCCUGGGAUUUUAACCUUCUCCCUCCUAGCACAUCAAAAACCAGCCUUUGCCAAGGUUCCCAGAAACGACUUCAUUGCUUCUUGCUAGCCGGACAGGUGCAGGCAAGUGCAGUUCAAUGCGGGCUUGGGGAUUUCUUCAGCACGAUCACGAAGUGUAUAUGCUCUAAAUGCCUACAGUACUGAGGACUCUUGCAACUUCUUAUGUGAUGCAUUUGCACAAAGGGAGAAUUCCUCAUUUAAGAUGGGUAAUAAGCAAACGAUAUUUACUGAUGAACAGCUAGAUGCCUAUCAGGAUUGUACCUUCUUCACUCGGAAAGAAAUCCUUCGGUUGCACGGCCGAUACCAGGAAAUGGCACCGAACAUUGUGCCCAUGGACUACACCAAGGAUCCAGAUGUUAAACUACCUAUACAGCUUAUAAUUAACAUGCCUGAACUAAAGGAGAACCCCUUCAAGGAGAGGAUUGUGGAGGCUUUCUCAGAGGAUGGAGACGGGAACCUCAGCUUCAAUGACUUCGUGGACAUGUUUUCUGUGCUCAGUGAAAUGGCUCCCAGAGAGCUCAAAGCAAUCUAUGCCUUUAAGAUCUAUGAUUUUAACACAGAUAAUUUCAUUUGUAAAUCUGACCUUGAAAAAACCCUCAACAAACUGACACGAGAAGAGCUAACAGCAGAAGAAAUCACUCUAGUUUGUGAGAAGGUGAUAGAAGAAGCUGAUAUGGAUGGUGAUGGGAAACUAGCAUUUGCAGACUUUGAAAAUAUGAUUUCCAAAGCACCAGACUUUCUCAGUACCUUCCACAUAAGAAUCUGAAGAUGCUGGUAUGAGCCACUGUUAUCAGAAAUGACUUGACAUCAGUCCUGCCUCUCUGAAUCUCAGGCACUUUGGGGGCUUUUGUCCUCUUAUUAUGGCUUCUUAGAACUUGGCAACAAGGACUGGAAUCACUCUGGCCCAUGGGGGAAAGACUCAUCACUGAUCUACAAGACCUUUGGGAUGUCUACGUUUUUAUCUUCAAUGUUGUCCGACAUGGCAUUCUGGAAAAGGAUGGUUGACUGGGUUUUUUAAACAAGAGAAUACUAUUAAAUGUAUUUCCCUGUAGUUUUUAUAUUUAUGAAAAUUUAAUAUUGUUCUUCAAAGCAAAAAAGAAAGACAGAUAUAAGCUAUGGUGAUUUUCCCAGAGGUUAUUAAUUGAAAGAAAGCACUGGCCUUAAAAUAACGAGAUGCCUCCACCAUUCUGUUACACAGCUGGGGAUCAUGCAUGGAAAUAAUUUGAUUAAAAUUUGCAGUCAAGAUCAAGUUCAGGGUGUUGAAGACAACCACAUACUGGGUUUGCCAUUUAAGUCUGAAAAAUGUCAGGUUGCUGGGUCUGGUGCUUAACCCUCAACCAAUAUUUUAUGGAUUAUCAUAUCCUUAUGAAACUUGAAGUAUUUUGUAUGACAUCUGCAUAAGUGAUUCACUUCUUCCCAAGACCAACUUUAAAUUGUGUCUUUGUUCUUCAAGGAGGUCUUGCCUUUUCUCAUGUCUUGGGCUGAUAAUGUUGGAUAGAAGAAUACUGUCAUCUGUAGCCCCAAGAAGCACAGGACCAGUACCAAGGACACAAAAAAGACAUUUUAAAAACCAGCUAUGCAAUUUUUCUCAUAAAAUGCAUGAAUGCAGCUCUGUAUUUCACUCUCCUACCCCUCCUGAAAAUCAGCUUUGUCAUUCCUUUUUUAAAUUCCACUAUUGGUUAGGUACUGGAGCAUGACGACAAUCAUACUUGUAUAACUGUUCUAACAGUCAAUAGAAGGGCUCUGUCAUUUACAUGGCUUCUGUAUCAAAGUCACCUACAAUUAAAACAUCUUACUGAUUUAUCAUUCUUUGAGGAUUUUUGUCCUGAGCUAUAAUAUGAACAUUAAUUCCCUUUUCUGUCAGUAUUUUCCUCCAAUCAGUGUAAUCUUAAAUCUUUCAGGGAAUAUGUGACUGUCUGAAAUUUCUGUUGCAUAUUGACCUAAAGAGCUCCUUAAAGAAGGAGAGAGGGGGAACCCAAGGGUAAAAUGUUCAAAAAUACUUAAGUGAGUUAGGCGCAUGAUUUCAGGUAUAGUGGUGUCUAUCUGGAGUAACUCCAUUGGAAUAAAUUCACAUAUACACCAAUAUACCUGACGUCAACCUCUGCGCCUGGCUUGAGGAAAGCAGAUGAUCCUCUGCUGCAGUGCUUCCCGUCCUGCUUUGCCUCUUCUUAUUUCUUUUAUUUAGACAUUUGCUGCUGUAUGUUCUUCUGUUGCUUGAUAGUCACAAUUUCCUCUGUGUCAGCAGGUGUACGAUGCUGCAGUCAUCUGACUUCUCUGACACCUCUUGGAACUCCAGGACUAUAUCCUACCCAUGGCUCCGCUCAUCUGGAACCAGGCUCAUACUCCUACUUCCUGUUGGCUGGCUCAUCAUGUCAUUAUGCAUGCUAGAAGCAUUGAUGACACACUACCACUGGAUGGCAUCAUAACACCAUCUCCUGUCCUUUCUCAGAACAGAAUUCUUCUACCAGGUCAUUAUUUAAACAUUCCUCUGACAUGUAUGAUUCACUAUGGCCUGUAUGAGACUACAUUAAAAGAGGGAAAUUGUUGUUUCAG